AUGCCCUUCGGAUUGAAGAAUGCCAGUUCGACCUAUCAAAGGCUUGUCAACAUGAUGUUCGCCAACCAGAUAGGGCAUACCAUGGAGGUUUAUAUUGAAGAUAUGCUGGUAAAAUCCCUGGAGCCGAGGAUCAUAUCUCACACCUUCAACAGGCGUUCAUUGCCCUCAGGAGUAUCAGAGCAUGCGGUCAGCGCGGUCCUUGUAAGGGAAGAAGGAAGGAAACAGCAUCCUAUCUACUACGUAAGCAAAUCGCUGCUAGACGCGGAGACCCACUAUAGUCACCUUGAUAAGCUAGCCCUUGCACUAGUUAACGCGGCCCGAAAGCUACGCCCCUACUUCCAAGCUUAUCAGAUCGUGGUGGUCACCUCUUUCCCCAUCAAAGCGGUCCUUCACAAGCCGGAAGUGUCUGGACGACUUGCAAAAUGGGCCAUAGAGCUGGGAGAAUAUGAUGGGAUCUUCCGACUUGCCACGGCCAUUAAAUCACAAGUCCUAGCCGAUUUCGUAGCCGAAUUCUCUCCUGCCAUGCUUCCAACCCUGGAACAAGAAGUAAAGCUUCGCGAUAGUGAAGGGCAAAAAGGCGAAUGGACGCUAUACGUAGACAGGUCCAGCAAUGUAAGGGGCGCAGGCGUGGGACUAGUCCUAACUUCCCCUACGGGAGAAUCAGCCUCAAGGAUCGUACGAUGCAACUUCAAAGCGACAAACAAUGAGGCUGAAUACGAAGCUCUAAUAGCAGGGCUGACACUCACCAAACAGAUGGGAGUGGAAGACAUCCAUGUCUUCAGCGACUCACAAUUGAUCAUAAGCCAGGUCCAAAGAGAUUACCAGGCGAAAGAUCCGAGCAUGGUCAGGGUCUGCCUGAAAAACCACGAGUCACAUGAGGAAAAAGAGGCCGAGCCUGAGGAAGUAUCUGUAAUAGAUGAAGGAGAAACCUGGAUGACUCCCAUCAUUAACUACCUCAGAUACGACACCUUUCCUGCAGAUCGAGAUGAAAGUCGGAAGAUAAGGAGGCAAGCUGCCAGGUACUGCUUUUUCGAAGGAAAACUAUACAGAAGAUCCUUCUCAGGACCUUACCUGCGAUGUCUCACCCUUAGAGAAGCCGCCAGGAUACUAGAAGAACUCCACGAAGGAGAGUGUGGUUCCCACUCUAGUGGUCGAAGCUUGGUACUCAGAGCCAGAAGGGCCGGGUACUACUGGCCAACCAUGGCGAGGGACUCCCUCAAUGCCAGAAGCACGCGCCAGUCUAAGCUCUCCUUGGCUCUUCCGAAAGUGGGGCAUGGAUAUCGUGGGUAA